GUGGUGACGGGGUCUGGCCGUCAGGAGGCCCACAAGACAGACCAUGAGUACAGGAAGCUGUUUGACCUGUCUCUGCAGGGGAUGCAGCUACUGUCCCAGUGGAGCGCACACGUCAUGGAAGUGUACUCGUGGAAGCUGGUUCAUCCAACGGAUAAGUACUCUAACAAGGAGUGUCCUGACAACGCGGAGGAGUAUGAACGAGCUACACGAUACAACUACACCAUUGAGGAGAAGUUUGCCCUUGUCGAGGUGAUGGCCAUGAUAAAGGGUUUGCAGGUUCUGAUGGGUCGUAUGGAGUCGGUGUUUAACCACGCAAUCCGCCACACCAUCUACUCAGUCCUGCAGGACUUCGCCCAGCUCACCCUGAGAGACCCGCUACGGCAGGCCAUCAAGAAGAAGAAGAACGUGGUACAGAGUGUCCUGCAGGCCAUCAGGAAGACCAUCUGUGAUUGGGAGGCAGGACGUGAGCCCCACAACGACCCGGCCCUGCGAGGAGAGAAGGAUCCCAAGGGAGGGUUUGACAUCAAGGUCCCCCGCCGCGCCGUCGGUCCCUCCAGCACACAGCUGUACAUGGUUCGUACCAUGCUGGAGUCUCUGAUAGCUGAUAAGAGUGGUUCUAAGAAGACUCUCCGCAGCAGUCUGGAGGGACCCACCAUCAUGGACAUGGAGAAGUUCCACAGAGAGUCCUUCUUCUACACACACCUGCUCAACUUCAGCGAGACCCUGCAGCAGUGCUGUGACCUGUCUCAGCUGUGGUUUAGAGAGUUCUUCCUGGAGCUGACCAUGGGUCGCAGGAUCCAGUUCCCCAUCGAGAUGUCCAUGCCCUGGAUCCUCACAGACCACAUUCUGGAGACCAAGGAGGCCUCUAUGAUGGAGUUUGUGCUGUACCCUCUGGACCUCUAUAAUGACAGUGCCCACUACGCCCUGACCAAGUUCAAGAAGCAGUUCCUCUACGAUGAGAUUGAAGCAGAGGUCAACCUGUGUUUUGAUCAGUUUGUCUACAAGCUGGCUGAUCAGAUAUUUGCCUACUACAAGAUUCUAGCUGGAAGGUACGUGGACUAUAUCAACUAG